UGGCAUCUGCCAGCAGGAGGAGGUUUGAUGUCACCCCACUGGGGGCUGCACGGACACACACACAAAGGAGGUGAGCCCUUCAGCAAAUAAUAAACAAAUCAACCCAAAACAGGAGCAGCGCUACCUCAGGACCCCGCCAUCCCUCGGAGCAGCUCGCUCAGGCGUGCGGUACGGCACAGCGCAGCUGCUGCGACAGGCAGGCUGUCACCCUUGUGACAGGGCAGGAGGCCGUGGUCCGUUCCAGCAGCAGAGCUUCCGGUACCCUGGGGGAAGAAAAUCCACGUCCAUGGAGAAGUACCAAGUGCUGGGCCUUGUGGAGGAAGGCAGCUACGGGUGGCUGGCCAAGUGCAGAAACAAAGAGAGCAGGCAGAUUGUUGCCAUCAAGAAGUUCCUGGAGAGCAGGGAUAACACGGUGAGGAAUAUCCCCGUGAGGGAGAUCAAACUGCUGAAGCAACUCCGGCAUGAGACUCUCGUGAAACUGCUGGAAGUGUGUAAAUAAAAGAAACGGUGGUACUUGGUGUUUGAAUUUGUGGACCACAGAGUACUUGGUGACCUGGAGGCAUUUCCAAAUGGACUAGACUACAACAGGGUUCGGAAAUACUUAUUUCAGAUCAUGAGAGGAACAGCAUUUUGCCACAGCCAUAACAUAAUCCAUUUGGAUAUUAAGCCAGAGAACAUACUAGUUUCCCAGUCGGGAGUUGUAAAACUCUGUGACUUUGGAUUUGCCUGGACCUUAGCAGCUUCUUGGAAACCUUACACAGACUAUGUGGCAACCCAGUGGUACAGAGCUCCAGAUCUGCUGGUGGGAGACAUCAAGUAGGGCAAGGAUGUCGAUGUGUGGCCUAUUGGCUCUCUGAUAACAGAAAUGCUCACAGGAGAGCCCCUUUUCCCAGGAGAUUCAGACAUUGACCAGCUCUACCAUAUCACCAAAUGCCUGGGUAAUUUAAUUCCAAGACACCAAGAGUUAUUUUAUAAAAAUCCCCUCUUUGCUGGCAUGAGGUUGCCUGAAGUGAAGGAGGCCAAAUCUCUGCACAAACGCUAUCCCAAGCUCCCUGCUUCAGUGCUAGAUUUAGCCAAGGUAAUUUAACUGGUGGUUUACUAUGAAUGUUUCUCUGUUUACUUGUCCUUGGGAAGCAGAAUACAGCCUACAGAAAGAGCUGUGGCUGUUAAAGUGGCUUUCUCUCAACUACCCAUGCAUGAUCAACUGUUUGGUUUGGUGGCUUAGUGGGGCUGCAAGGUUACAACAGCAACCUUCCUGGGUGACUGGCAAGACUAAGCCAGCCAUCUCCAGAGCCAAAAUGGUCAGUGCAUAUCCUCCAGGGAGGAUUUGUAGCAUAUAAUGCCCCACUGAUCAAGUUUUCCAAGGAGAUUUA